AUGAGCAAAAAGUUCAAAUCCCAGGCCUCCAGCAGUCGCGCUGCCGGUAGUGCCUUUGGCUCAUUCGGGGGGUUCUCCGGAAGCCUUUCCAGCCAAGGGAAAGAGCCCUCCGCGCUGACAUAUAUUACGGCACCACCAGAUCUGUCCCGUAUUGACGAUCAGAAACUCGUCAUCGCGUUCAAGAACCUACUGAAGAAAGAUGACACCACUCGCACAAAGGCAUUAGAAGAAUUGAGGGAGCAUAUUUCGACAGUGGAAGCGAACAAAGGCACCUUGGAUGCCGGAUUUUUGGACGCAUGGGUCGGCAUAUACCCCCGGUUAUCAAUUGAUCUCUCUCGACGAGCCCGUCAGCUUGCCCAUUCAAUUCAAGGCACCGUCGCAAGUCUCGCGGGAAAGCGGAUUGUCCCCAACCUACCAAAAGUUAUCGGUGCCUGGAUUGCAGGCAUCUACGAUAAUGAUAAGAUCGUCCAUCGGUCUGCUCUUGAAUCAUUUACGAAAGUCUUCUCAACGGAACAAAAACGAAGUAACGUGUGGAAGAUCUACCAGAGCUCGAUAUUGGACUUUGUAGAUGACGUCAUUCUUCACCAAUCAGCCUUGACACUGAGUGAUGAGAGGACUGUGAAACGAGACGAUGCCGAGGGAAAAUACGCUCGUGUGGUUGGAGCUGCAAUCAUGCUUUUCAACCGUGUCUUAGGCAAUUCGGCCGAUGAAGAUUUGGAGAAGGACUUCUCGCAGAUUGAAACAAUAUUAGCCAGCAAGUUCCUCUGGGCUCUUUGUCACCAUGAUGAUCCAUACGUCCGUCGCUCCAUCUACGUCCUGCUUCGAACUGCAGUUUCCCGUGAGCCUGGGUGGGUUGACUGGCCGACCCUCAGCUCAGCCGUGAUUGGAAAAUCCCUGUCUCUCCAGCAGAUUGGAUCAGCAUCAGAACUGUCUGAGUCUCUUCUUGUCCUGUCCAUCUCGAGACCUCAAGUGUGGACGGACGACUAUAGUGGGAAAUCUUCUGCUUCAAAGAGGUUACGCCAGUAUAUCCAGAAGGGAUCUCAAGGAGGAGCCAGUAGUUUCUGGUCAAACCUGGACCAACUACUUCGAACAGUGCCCCACGAAGUACUAGCAGGUGCGGACAAAGCCACCGCUGAUCGAGGAAUUACAUCUACCAGCGCAAUCGCCUUGACUGAAGCUUUCCAAGAAGGAUUGAACUCACGAGAAGAGCCGCGCCAGAACCUCACCGUCGGAUGGAAAUGCUACAUUCAAAUUGCGACAUGGCUCGCGACUUUGAUUCCACAGGACCAAAAGACCGAAUUUAUUGACCAAAGAAUCUCCCCCUUGGUUGUGAAUCAUGUACGACUUGACCCAAACCUGACACAAUGGGUACUUCCAGCUCAGUCAGCCGAGGACAGCUGCGUGCAUUAUCUGUGUACCUUGGGUUCUACUGGACAUGAGCAAGAAUUGGAGUCGCUCUGCAGAACUCUCUCCGAGGGUCUGCUAGAAGCUGUCAAGCUGUCCUCUCCCGAACAAUCUAAAGGUUUCCGCGAAUCUCAAGACUCUAUCUGUGCCCAGGCCAAACGUCUCAUGGCCUUAGAGUCUGCCGUUCUUUCGCGCAUUGCGGAUUCCAAGGAGCCACGAGUGACAGAAAUAAUCGAAACUUCCAUAUCAUCUCUCCUUGAAAGUUGUCUUGAAGUCUUGCGCACCCGCAAUGGCAAGCCAUAUGGUGCAGCUGCCGUUGUUGUCGAAUGUGUCAGCAGUAUACCUACCGUCGCCCAAAAAUCCCAAGACCUAAAGAGUUUCGUCCAGAAGGAUGCCCCGGAGCUCCUACUUUCCCCUUCUGCUGACCGCUUGAUUUCAACCAUUUUGAAAUGCCGAGAAUGGGAUGGUUUCUCGUCAAGUUUCGAGAACAUUGUCGAACAAGCUCUUGCGCUUGAGCCCGAACAGUCUAAUGUCCACGUGCUCCAAAGCUUGCUUUCAUCCCUCAACUUUAAUGAAGUUGAGCACAAGGAGAAACUCAAUUCACUCGUCGUGCGGGCUUUAGACAAAGCUUGCUGUGGAAGCCAUUCUCAUUGGCCUAUCAUUACAGCUGUUCUCCAGAACAAAUCAUCACAUGGCGAACUGAUGGACAAGAUCUUUUUAACUUUGAUUGAUGAGCUGUCCACCAAUGACAAAGUCUUGAAUGCGCUACACGGGAUCUCCCACAUUGGGAAGACUGCACCAUCUGCUGCCCGGGAAUUCCAAAGUGGAUUGAACGGCUCUAAGCUCGCGGGAAAGCUGAUAUUCCUCACAGAGUCUCCUGAAGAGGAGGUCGCGAGCCUGGCGGAAGCACUUUUGAAGUCAUUGAAGGAAGCCGUCGUUGGCGAGACUACUACAAAGUCGGGUAUUGAAAUUCUUCAGCAUGGUUUCAACCACGUGGACGAAGAAUCAUUGUCAGUUGAAUCUCUUCUUGCUAUUGCGGCUGAGCUUCUCCCGAGCAUCACUGCCGACGGUGCAACUAGCACCGCCGCCGAGAUUCUACCUUCUCAUCGCUCAUGGGAAGAAGCUCUUACGCCUUUCCUCCAACUCCCACCUCGCUACUCCAUAGCCAUCACGUCUCCUCUUGGGGGUGCUGUCCACUUGGUUCAACGCGAGCUAUCUGACUCGUUCAAAGCCCUGUGGCCUACCAUUCCACGCGAUUCUGAUCAUCGGUCCUCUGCUUUCCGCCUGGCGGCUUUCACGAUCAAUGUUCUUUCUACAUCUGAUAUAGUGAGACAUCUGAACCAGGAGAGUCUCGAGACUUUGUUCCGCUUUUUGCCUUUGGCUAUCCAACUCAUCGAUGAUGAUCUCAGCAUCGAAAACAGCAACGGAAUCUCAGGCAUUGAAUUAGCCGAUCAACGAGACGAGUAUACGCAGACCGUACUUGAUGGCCGAAGCGUCAUCACCAAACUGGUUCAUGACAGCGAACCAGUUGGAUCUGCACCAGAGAAGACAAUUUCAUCAUUGUUCACUGAGCUUUGGGAAGCCAGACUGGAGGAAGUUAAAAGUACUUCUCCUGCUGACUAUCGCAUUGGCGAAGCAUUUGUCAAGGUCAUGAAUAUUGCGGAUUCAACGCAAAAGUCCAAAUCCUCGGAAGAUGUCGCGCAAAUCUGCAGAGAUGCACGUUCGGUCAAUAUCUUCCGUUCGGCAUCCUGGUUUGCGGUUCUGCGAAGCUCGAUUCUACAAAACCCGGUUGGAAACAGAAUCUGCAACGAGUUGGUCGCAGACUCUACUGGCUUGAAGACAGAGACUGCCUCCGAGGGUGGCAUGCAAAAGCUCACUCUGCUGAACAUCUUGCUCUCUGGCGAAGAAGAUGUUGUAUCAACCAUUCCAACACAGCGUUUGGUCUUCCUUACCAAGAACUUGAUUGAGUGUCUCCACUCAACAUCUGCAUCUCUUGGUCUAAAAUCCGAGAUCACCAAAACCCUUUCUCUCAUCCUCCCAGCCCUCGGUGAAAUCUACGGAUCUCACUGGGAAGAAUGCAUGGACAUACUAAGCACUGUGUUGCGCAAUACCAAUGGCGGUGAAGAUGCCCUGCCACUCCUGGUGUCUUCGUUCAAACUCUUUUCGCGGUUGAAAUCUAUCUCGGAGGGAGAUAGUAAUGAAGACGUACAGGAUGCCUGGGCAACUCGAAAGGGUGACCUUUUCACUGCAUUGGCAUCCACGAUCGAUACUUUUGACUCGGAGACAACAUUCAACCAGCCUCGCGAUAUAGCCGUAGAGAACUUGCGUCGUCUCAUCAACGCUAUCCCUGUUGAACAUCUUGAAGAUGUCAGCGAAACCUUCCAUCUCCUCACCGCGCACAGUCGAGCAGUUCAACGCACUGCUUACACUAUCCUUCAUCAUUACAUCCCCCAUGCCCAGGAAAAGAUUUCCUUCGAGCUCGCUCUCUCGAAGACUGCUGCCACUCUGCCCGACGAGCUGGUCUCUCUUCUGCUAGAGCCUCCUUCGAUGCAAGCAGUCAACUCCGCCUACGGAGAUGACAAGAUGUGGACCAGCAUGCGCUCAUACCUGCUCAGCUGGAAAAUUGUCUAUGACCACUUCACGAACGCUUCACUCCCUGUCCAAGAAUAUUACUCCGCUAGCAUCAAAGAGAACAACAUCCUGAUUCCGCUGUUGGAAUUCAUGUUUGACUUCCUCCAAAAGUCGCAUGGAAAGCUGAUUGACGCAUCCAAAUUCGAGAUUCGAUCAUUUGAGCCAGAUCAGUCCGAGAGCGCCGAGAAGGAAACCCAAUGGCUUCUUAUCCAUCUGUAUUACCUGUGUCUGAGACACUCGGCCAACAUGACCAAGAACUGGUGGAUUGAUACUAAGAAACGCGUGAAGGGUCCUGUCGAGGCAUGGUCGGAGAAAUACAUCUCUCCACUUGUCGUGCAAGAUUCCCUGAAGGGAGUGACGGAUUGGGCCGCCACGCUAGAUUCGAAUGAGGAGCGAGCAUUGGAGGUAAAAAUCUCUCAGAAGACGGGAGAAAUUAUCGCCAGCAUUACCGUGGACGAAGAGUCUCCCCCGGUCGCCAUCUCCAUCACGCUUCCGCCAGCAUACCCGCUCCAGCCCGCCUUGGUCGUCGGGCGCAGCCGUGUUCUCGUGGAUGAGAAGAAAUGGAAGAGUUGGCUGUUGACCAUCCAGGGAGUGAUCAUGUUUGCCAAUGGCAACCUGGUUGACGGCUUAUUGGCCUUCCGACGAAAUGUCCAAGGUGCCUUGAAGGGCCAGAGUGAGUGUGCAAUUUGUUACUCCGUCAUCUCCACGGACAUGCAAACACCAAACAAGCGCUGCGCCACCUGCAAGAACACCUUCCACUCGGUGUGUUUGUUCCGCUGGUUCAAGAGCAGUAACCAGAGCACUUGUCCGCUUUGCCGAAACAACUUUGUGUAUGUUUAG